AUGCAGCGGAAGAUAACGAACGCAUAUAGCUGCGGUGGCAAGAUGGCGGAACUGAAAAGACAACGCAUCGCUCAGGUGGAUGGGGGUGCUGACCUUGAAAGCCGGGCAGAAACACACAAUAGUUACGGCACGCACGACUCGGACACGACUCGGACACUCGACACGACACUUGCUCGUUCGACAUGUCGACCUGACCAGCAGCAAACGCCGGCUGAACUGGAGCAGGGAGGGAUGAUGAUAGUCCCUGGUAUUAUUGUUUCAUGGAUGUUGAGUGAUGGGGCGCGGAAAAGAGGAGAUCGGAUCAGGCUCUGGCUUGCUAUUCACGACUCACGAGGUCUCGAGCCUAAUUACCAAAGAGAAGAAGUCGAAGUAAGGGGGCGUGAAAACAAAACCUUAGCCAGGAAACUCUGUGAUAAUAAACGGCAUCCAUGGAUAGCGUAUCCAGAAACUACGUAUUCGAAGAGGACACGCUCUGCAACCUGUGCCAUCCCUCCCCUCCGUACUAUGUACCUGGUUGAAAGACCCUGGCUGUUCUGGUAUCAUCCUGGUUCCACGUCUUUCUACGAUGUCGAGAUCGCCUUCUGGAAGGCGAUUAAAUUCCUUUUAGCUUUUCUUUACCCUCCCUCCAACUUCCUUGCGGUCGCAGGGACUGUUGGUACCUUGGCUGUCAAGACCCUUCGGAAUGAAGCUGAAACUCUGCCCAGGGUUUAUCCCAGCCAGCUGCAACAGGAUCAAUUAUGUGUAGUAGCACUGCGUUUGCUACCAUUUGAAGCCAUUUUGGCUCAUCCUCCUCUUCUUUUUCCCUCCAAGGCGCUUCGUCCGCGAUGA